AUGGUGACUGGUCAGAGCUGAGAGUAAAGGACUAGCAAGCACAGAGAAGAAGAGAAGAAUGGUCAUUGUAGAGCAACCAUGAAGAGCAACAGCAGCCAAAGCUACAACAGUGAAGAAAACAACUCGAAGAAAGAUAGUGCUUUCUCAACCCUGGAUUCAAGAUUCAACCAAACCCUCCGAAAUGUUCAAGGGUUGCUCAAAGGGCGUAGUAUUCCUGGUAAAGUGUUACUGAGUAGAAGAUCAGACCCACUAGAUCAGUCAAACAUACAAGGGCACUCUCCAAAUUAUGAAAGGAGCUUCUCAUACAAUGAUGCUGAAACAAGUGAUCACAUGUCCAAGGACCUAGAGGAAGAAGUGCAGAACCUGAACAAGCCAAGCAAUAAUGCAAAUUCAAAUGGCCUAAAUUCAUCAACCUCAAAUAUUGAGAAUACUUCCAAAGAAGCACAAAAAUCCACCAUGGGUGCUAGAGCUACUGAUUCUGCAAGAAUUAUAAAGUUCACAAAGGUCCUUUCAGGGACAACAGUCGUACUGGAGAAGUUGCGUGAGUUGGCUUGGAGUGGCAUACCACCAUAUAUGCGACCUGAUGUAUGGAGACUUCUUUUGGGAUAUGCACCACCUAAUUCAGAUAGAAGGGGGGGAGUUCUGAAAAGGAAGCGCCUUGAGUAUCUUGACUGUGUUUCCCAGUAUUAUGACAUUCCAGAUACUGAGCGUUCAGAUGAUGAGAUAAACAUGCUUCGCCAGAUUGCUGUCGAUUGCCCAAGAACUGUGCCAGAUGUAUCUUUUUUUCAGCAAGCUCAAGUCCAGAAAUCCUUGGAACGCAUCCUUUACACAUGGGCCAUUAGACAUCCUGCAAGUGGAUAUGUUCAGGGAAUAAAUGACCUUGUUACUCCCUUUCUUGUCGUUUUCUUAUCAGAAUACUUGGAAGGGAGUGUGGAUAGUUGGUCAUUCUCUGAUCUGUCUCCUGAUAAAAUAUCUAACAUAGAGGCUGAUUGCUAUUGGUGCCUAUCAAAGUUACUUGAUGGUAUGCAAGACCAUUACACAUUUGCCCAGCCGGGAAUCCAGAGGCUUGUGUUUAAGCUAAAGGAAGUGGUCAGGCGGAUUGAUGAACCGGUAUCUACACACAUGGAGGAGCAAGGGCUAGAAUUUCUUCAAUUUGCUUUCCGCUGGUUCAACUGUCUUUUAAUACGUGAGAUUCCUUUCCAUCUUAUUACUCGCCUAUGGGAUACUUAUCUUGCUGAAGGAGAUGCAUUGCCAGACUUCCUUGCGUAUAUAUUUGCCAGUUUUCUUUUAACGUGGUCAGAUAAGCUUCAGAAGCUUGAUUUCCAGGAGUUGGUUAUGUUUCUUCAACACCUUCCAACUAAUAACUGGACUCACCAAGAGCUAGAGAUGGUGCUUUCAAGAGCUUUCAUGUGGCACAGUAUGUUCAAUAGCUCUCCUAGCCAUUUAGCCAACUAAAAAGGAAUUUGUAAUAUCUAUUAGCGGCUUUGUAAUUUGUUUGUUUGCUUGUUUUUUUCUUCUUCAUAUAGUUGUCCCUUUUUCUGAUCUUAAUUUGGUUUUAUUACAAUGGUUUCUGUUAUGGUGGAGGGCCUUGCCCAUAUAGUAUCAGGUGUCUAAUAUUUGUAUUUUCAAGCAUUUCGUUGUAGAAUUUGGCUUUGAUCAGUGGAGGAAAAAGAAAAAUGAUGUAUUAUUAUGUACUCUUCUUUCUUUGAAUGGAGCUGAUGGAAUUUGUGACCCAA